AUGGAAAUGUAUGUAGACGACAUAGUAGUUUUUGGUCAAACAAGCGAUGAAUGCCUUACAAAUGUGCGAAAAGUGUUGCAAACAGCAGAACCUUACGGCUUGCAAAUUAAAUGGGCUAAGUCUAGGCCACUAACGCAGUUAUUGAAAAAAGAUGCAGCAUUUGUAAUGGGCGUCACAGAACAGCAAGCAGUACAGAAGUUGAAGGCAGCACUUACUCAAGACCCCGUUUUAAAGAUUUUCAAACAAAACGGAAAAACUCAACUUCAUGUCGAUGCAUCAAAGCAUGGCUUUGGGGCAACAUUGGUGCAGCAGCAUGAGAGCAAGUGGCAUCCGGUGUUUUACUGGAGCCGAAAGACGUCACCACAAGAAGAAAAACUUCACAGCUACUUUCUGGAAGUGAAGGCAGCAUAUCUAGCGACGAAACGUCUUCGUCAUUAUUUGAUGGGUAUACGGUUCGACUUAAUAACAGAUUGCGCAGCGUUUAAGCAGACAGCUGCCAAAAAAGAUGUGCCACGUGAAGUAUUUCAGUGGCUCAUGUACUUACAAGAUUUUGAUUUUAAUAUUGAGCAUCGUUCAGCAGAUAGAAUGAAACACGUAGAUACCUUAAGCCGCUAUCCGGUUAUGGUAAUCGAGUCACACAUAAAAGCAAAAAUUCGUAAAGCGCAGCAAAAUGAUGAACAUCUGAAGGCAGUAACUGUAGUUCUCGAACAGAAACCUUACGCUGACUAUGUUUUGAAAAACGGAGUUUUAUUUAAACAAUUAAAGGGCCUAGAACUGCUCGUUGCACCACGAACUAAUAAUUCAGCCAAAUGGUAUAAUUAUACAGCGAUGGUGCAAAAAGCGAUUAACGCACAUGUUCAUACAACAAUAAAAUUUACACCUUACGAAAUUAUGUUUGGUGUAAAAAUGAGAAACGAAAUGUCUGCCGAUAUAAUUAAGUUGCUCCAAGAUGAAAUGUUGGUCGCAUUCCAAGGGGAUCGCAACAAACUAAGAGAGGAGGCUCGAAUCAAUAUCCAAGCCGCCCAAGAAGUGUAUAAACGAAAUUUCGACAGGAGGCGUAAAAGUAGUCAGGGAUAUCAAAAGGCGGAUUUGGUGGCGAUAAAAGUAACACAGUUUUCCGAUAAAAAGUUGGGGAACGAGUUCAUCGGGCCUAAUAGCGUGGUCAAAGAUAAAGGUAAUGGGCGGUACGAGGUUGAAAAAGCAGCCGAUUUCGCUGGGCCGCACCUUACUUCUACUAGCGUCGACAAUAUGAAGCUUUGGGCGCCUUAUGCAGCUGAGAACGACGGGUCAUCUGGGACAGAUGACGAACAGGAUGACCGAAUGUGA